AAGGGGUAUUCCAGAACAGACUUGGAUAUGAUUUAUAAGACAAUGUCACUCCAACCUGCGUUUUCUGCAUUAUAUUUAGUUAUAUAUAAAUGAAAAAAUAUUAUCCUAUUUGCAGUGCGUAGCAUUUCUUACAGUGCAGAUGCAGGAGGCCCCACUUAAUUUGAACAGCUGAUUUGUGUAAACAACCUGACAACAACUAAUAUUUGCAGGUCGCAGCAUAUUUUUAAGUCUCGCAUCGUCAGGAUGCAUCUAAAUGAGAACACCAAGAUUCUGGGUCGCAGGGUCAUCCUGGUGCCGUACGAGGCGCGCCACGUGCCCAAGUACCACGAGUGGAUGAGCAACAAGACCCUGAGGGAGUUGACCGCCUCCGAGGAGCUGACUUUGGAAGAGGAGCACGAGAUGCAAAGGAGUUGGCGGGAGGACGCCGACAAGCUCACCUUUAUUGUCCUGGACGCGGAGAUUUAUUCGCGUGACCAGGAUGAGGUUGCCGCCAUGGUGGGCGACACCAAUCUCUUCCUGCACCAAGAUCCAGACAGCCAGCAACUAACGGCGGAGGCGGAAAUCAUGAUUGCCGAACCGGAUGCAAGAGGCAGGGGAUUCGGCAGGGAAGCCAUGCUCCUCAUGCUGAAGUACGCCCAAUCGCAGUCCCAGUUGAAACUGGAUAAAUUCGAGGUGAAGAUCGACAUGGAUAACGCUGCAUCCCUGCAUUUGUUCAAGAGUUUUGCGUUCGUGGAGACGCGUCGAGUCGAAGUCUUUCACGAGGUCACCCUGGAGCGGCCCAUCACUCCGGAUUGGAUAAACUGGCUGGGCCAACAGGUGGAUCUGCGUACUCAAAGCUAUCAGUGAAAGAUUAAUGAUCGAAAUUAGAAAAUAUCCUUUUAGAAUCGUAAUUUCACGGUCUGUUUAUUACACUUAUGUUACAUCUACUUGUUUCGCUUGCCUUAUUUAUGUUGCAUUUUACAUCAAAUGUAUGUAUUUAUGGGUG